GUGUAGCCGACAGUCGGUCUUCCUUCAGGAAAAAGCGGCAACUUCUGCUGCUGCAUUGCCUGAAUCGACAAACACUCUGUAAAUAUCUCCGUUGAGGUGCGCUGUUGCUUCGCUGUAGAGAAAAAUAUCCUCCUUAAGGUGACGGUACCUGAAGAAAGAUGCCAGGUCCGCAGGGGGAAUAUGCUGCGGUGGCGAGCCCCGUGAAGAAGAGCAAACUGUCUCUGAAGUUCCUCCAGAAGAAAGAAGCUAAACGGGCUCUGGAUUUCUCUGAACCUCAAGCAGAUGAGCCCAAACCCGUUAAACAAGUGGAGCCUGAAGCGAGCAGCUGUGAUCAGGUGGUGCCCGGUCCUUCUCCAUGUCCUGCCUCACCUGGCCUUCUCCUGUCGUCUGAUAAGAGGGAGACCUUGGUGCCAUUUGUGGGGCUCAACAACCUGGGCAACACCUGCUAUUUGAACAGCAUCCUACAGGUGCUGUACCACUGCCCAGGGCUUAGAGAAGGAAUAAAGAAACUGUACAACCUGUCGAAAAGUACGGACAAACCAAAGGAAGAAACGGAUCAAAAUGAAGAGCAGUCAGAAGAUGCCUCUGAGGCUCUAACGCCUCAGCUUGAGCUCCUGGGCAGCUUCAACAGUCUGAUCACAUCCGUGCAGCAGCUGCAGUCCAGCUUCCUGUUGAACCCCGACAGCUUCACCGAGGGAGAGCUCGCUACACCACCUCGCAAAAUACUCAACACACUCAGGCAGCUGAACCCCAUGUACGAAGGCUAUCUUCAGCACGACGCCCAGGAGGUCCUGCAGUGCAUCCUGGGAUAUAUCCAAGAGGCUUGUGACACCAUCAGAAAGGAUUUAAAGACGGAGGAAUCUGAGGUGAAACCUGAGCACGGUGUUGAUUCAGCGGCCAGCAGCACCGUGACCGAAGAAGAGGACGGCCAAGUCAGCGGAAAGAGGAAGAGCGACACCGAGGUGGGAAAUGCCAAAAAGAAGCCGAAAUCCCUCAAGGCCAAGACAUCUGAUGCAGGGGAUAAUAGACCCCUCACUCGUUCGAAGAGGAAGUCCUUGAAUGAAAUCACGGUGGACAACAAACAAGACAAAGAUGAAGAGGAGAAGGAAGGGACGAAGAUACUGAACAAGGAGGAGGGGAGUGACGGGGAGGGGAAAGGCGACAAGGCUUCAAAAGAGGCAGAGGGAAAAAGAAAGAAGAAGUCUAAGCUGAGCUGGCUGAGGCCUUCUGGGAAACAACCCAGUAUUUUCUCCAAGUUCCUCAGCGUGGGGAAGAUCAGCUCUGUGAAGAACCAAAGCAAAGCAGAGCAGGAGAACGCUGUCGCCGAGGAGAAGAGGAGCGCCGAGGAGAGAGCAGGACACACGGCUGAGGACAAGAAGACGGCUGAACCUCAAGAGGGGCUGGACCUGAUGGAGCAGCUGUUCCAGGGCUGCCUGGUGCUGAGGACGCGCUGCCUGGAGUGUGAGAGCUUCACUGAGAGGAGAGAAGACUUCCAGGACAUCAGCGUCCCCGUGCUGGACGAGGAGCCCAGCAGCCCCGACGACCUCUCUGAGGUCUCUCCUGAUCCCAAACCAGAGCUGAAGACUCUGAAGUGGGCCAUUGGUCAGUUUGCGUCGGUGGAGCGAAUCGUCGGGGAGGACAAAUACUUCUGUGAGACGUGUCACCACUACACCGAGGCCGAGAGGAGCCUGCUGUUCGACAAAACUCCUGAAGUCAUCACCAUCCACCUGAAGCGCUUCUCUGCCAACAGCUGCGAUUUGGACCCGUAUGCUGGGCUGUCCAAAGUGAACACCCCCCUGCAGACCCCCCUCACCCUGUCUCUGGAUGAGUGGUGCACCCGGCCCUCGUCCACUAAGGGUCUGCGCUAUCAGCUGUUCGCUGUGGUCAUGCACAGCGGCAUCACCAUCAGCAGUGGCCAUUACACCGCCUACUGCCGCAUGUCUGAGCUGAAGGACGUGAAGCUGUGGGAGCAGAGAGAAAGGGAGGAGGAGACGAGGGUGAAGGAGGAAGGGUCGGACUUUGACGAUGGAGAGGUGUCUUUCAGCCUGAAUGCCAGGGGACAGAGAGGGGCCAGUUUGGCUAAAACAGUAGGGAAGAAGCUGUUGGAGGGGGGGGUCGGGCUCCUGGGGGGCCAGAGGAGUCUGACCAGUUGUGACAUUGGGAGCAGCGGCAAACAGUCGGAGAAAUCCUCCAGCAGUGGAGCCACAGAGGGGUCCAAGCGCAGGAAACCUGUCAUGGGACAGAACACUGAAGCAGGAGAGGAGACCUCCUGUGGGGGGGCGGGGGCCACAGAGGCUCUGCACAACCUCCUGGACUACGAGGGCAAAUGGCUGCUGUUCGAUGACUCUGAGGUGCGCUUGUUUGAGGAACAGGACUUCCUGCAGGCCUGCUCUCCAGAAACGUCCUCCUCCUCGACCCCCUACCUGCUGUUCUACAGGAGGAUGCCUGAGCCCUAACGGGAACACGCCGUUUACUCCGGAGGGGGGGGGGCAGACGGGCUUUUUGACAAAGUACAGUUGUGUUUUGCAAUAUUACAGACAGUGCCAAUCAUACUGUGGCUGCCAUGGUAACACCUGAACUGAAGACUCUUCCACAGAGCGGACAGUCAGGAGCCUCCUCACUGCAGAGCGGACAGUCAGGACCCCCCUCACUGCAGGGAGCGGACAUUCGGGAACUUCUAUGUUCCGUGAUGACUUUUUGAGCCUCUUUUUUUUGGGAUGUGACCUGACCUGUCUUUUUGACUUUUCCCUUUACCGUCAUGUCUCUACUGUCCUGUUGUGUUUUCUCAGUGAUUGAGUUUGGUCCCUUUUUACACAUUUAAAAAGCACUUUAGAACUCAAAUCCAAUGGAAUGAAAUGCAACACGUUGAGAUGUCUUUUUCUAACAGGAUACUUUUCUGAGAUCCAAGAAUUAGAAGUGAGUGCUGUUUGUUUGGAAUCAGUUACUCAACUAGAGAAAAUAGAUAUUGUUAUUAUUGGCAGAGAAAUACAGAAAAUGCUUCAUGAAGUUAGAGAUAACAAUAUGUAGCAUUUCUUACUUGAAAUAUUUUUCAAGUCAAAUCUUUGCCCACCAACUCUUUGAAUCUGUUUUGCACUCAUUCCUUCAGAUGUAUUUGUAAUAUAUCUACAGACUGCUUAUACAACCUAUAGUGUUUGAGUUGUGGCAUUUAGAAUUAUAGCAUUUGACAUAAAACGGAAAUGUUGAGUCAAGCUAUACGCAGGCCGCCGCGUGUCUCACAAAGAAGAUGCAUAAAAGUGAAACAUAUUUCUAUAAAUAAGCUAUUCAGUUUUUUUAAAAGAUACAUUUAAGACAUUAUAAAAAAACUGCUAAUUUAGUGUGUAACCUUUACAGCUUGAAUGUGCAAACUAAGACCUGAAAUCUGGAUCUGCUUUAAACUGGUACGUUUCCUGAUUUAGAGUUCAGUGAGAGCGUUUGUUUAAGCCAAAACGUUUGAACCGCUAGCUAUCAGACAACAAUGGAGUUCAGUGUCAGAUUUGUAAGACUGAAAGCGUUUGAAAGCGAACAUCUAAGUUAUGGAUUUGAUAGCUUUGGUAAAUUCAUAUUUGCUCCUCAAACUUGUAAAUCUGUUCCUGUGAACACUUAAAACACACAACAGGAAGUUCAUUAUUUGUGCUCCAGUGCUUUUAACAAGUAUCACUUAGUGUAAUAUUAUAGUCAGGUAACAUUAUACAGGCAAGCUGACAUUUCUCAUCUCAGGUUGUACAUCAGAGGCCGUUUCUCAAUGUCGAGUACACCUGCUGCAGAGCCACUAUUUACAGUAUACUACGUCAUCGAGUGGCGCUGAAUGCUGGGCAUUUAAACAGUCCUUCGGCGCCACUCGAUGACGUCGUACACUUGAAAUAGUGUCUCUGCAGCAGCUUUACUCGACAUUGAGAAACGGCCACAGUAUUUCUACGGUUUCAGGGAGUGAAUCAGUUAUUAAGCUUGGUGGGUAACACCCAUUAUGGGAUGCAUUUCAGUAUGAAUCAUAUUUCCAUGGGGUCUUUUGGGAUAGAACACAACGCUUACAGAUCUGCUUUAAUGUGACCUGUGUGUCAUCUCUUUAAACCUCAUUCCAGCUGUAAUAUAUUCAUGUUGACGGGUUCAUUCUAGAAGCAAUAAACUUUUUACCUUCACA